AUGUCCUGUAUGUAUGGUAUGAGGUUUCAAAAGACAACAAAUCAAACAGGCUUCAAGUGUCAGACUCCAGCAGCUUACUGGCAGGUGAAGGAGUGGCAGCUCAGCCACCAUGUGCUGGAGUUCACCCCGGUGAACAAGAGGGUCACAUCACUGCACCUUCGGGUCAGGGACAGGUCUCUCACUGUGGUGUCGGCCUACGGUCCAAACAUGAGUGCAGUGUACCCAGCCUUCUUGGAAUCCCUGGGAGGGGUACAAGACAGUGCACCAACCGGGCACUCUGUUGUUCUAGUGGGGGAUUUCAACGCCCAUGUGGGCAACGACAGUUUGAGGCCAAAGCACACUGAUGUGGUUUUCCUCAAGACUCACAAAACUGCCAGCUCCACGAUGCAGAACAUACUAUUCCGGUUUGCUGAGCGCCACAACCUCACAGUGGCUCUACCAAAUUACGGUGGUCAAUUUUCUUACCCUUAUCUGUUUCAGCGCUCUUCAGUUCAUCCACACACUUUACCACCCAAUAUCAUCACAAACCACAUGAGGUUCAACAAGAAAGAAUUGGAGAAGUUAAUGCCUCCAGGUUCAGUCUACAUCACCACCAUGAGGGACACUAGUUCAAUGUUUGAAUCCUUGUUCGUCUACUGCUAUACAGGCUCUGAAGCUUUCCAUAGAGUUCCCAAUAGAUCACUAGGAGCCUUUUUGGAAAAUCCAUUCAAGUACUAUCACCCAAAGGAAAAAUAUUCCAUGUUAGCAAGGAACUGUUUGACCUAUGACCUGGGGGGAAACAAGGAUAACACCUCCAUAGAUUACGCUCGGCAGUUAGCAGCCGAAGUAGAGAAGACAUUUUCACUGGUCAUGAUUUCUAAUUAUUUUGAUGAAUCGCUCAUCUUGUUACGCUAUCUCCUAAAUUGGGAUUUGGAAGAUAUUAUCUAUUUUAAAUCCAAUAUGAGAUCUGAAAAAGCUAAGAAAAAGGUUACUCCCGAGCUUUCCGCUAAGAUCCGUGCCUGGAACUCUAUUGACGACUAUCUUUUUGAACACUUCAACGCCUCAUUAUGGCGUCAGCUCAAUGCUAUAGGCUUGGACUGUGUGGCAAGAGAGGUGCAGCUGUUACGGAAAGCUCAGCAAAAGCUGAUGAAGACCUGUUUUGGAGAAGAAGCACCAAGACUAAAGUCGGCUUCUAAGAUGAAAAACAAUAUUUUGAAACCAUGGCUACCAGGAAAUGUGGAAAUAAUGGGUUAUGAACUGGUCCAGAACUUGACUGCGGAUGCCCGGAGACUUUGUACAAAGCUCACAAUGCCUGAGCUGCAGUACUCGAAUGCAAUGCUCAAAGCCCAGUCAAAAAGAUACCUAAAGGAACACGCUAAAGACCACCGUGGCCAGAGACUAAAGACCUGA